AUGACAACGACGGCAAACAGGGACAACUUCUUCCAAACUUCCGCUGCCUUGGAUGACCAGGAAAGAAAAGACGCCAAGUCUCAGAAUACGAAUGGCAGUCCUAUUCGUUUGAAGAGCAAGAUCCUCGCCAUCCAUCCCGACCCGGCCAAUCCGGGAUCAAUCUAUGUUGCGCAAAGUACUGGUAUCGUGAGGAGGAUUGUUCUUGAAACGGGAGAAACGACGGCCAUAUACAAGGGCCCCACAGCUCCUCUGACUAGCUUAUGUCUCAGCCCGAAUGGCAAGCUCAUAUUUGCGGGGUGCUGGGAUAAAACGGUUUGGAGCUGGGAUAUCGCCUCACGAGAGCCAAAACAAAGAUAUGAAGGCCACUCAGACUUUGUCAAGUCUGUGAUUACUGCGAGGCUCCAAAGGGAUGACUAUCUGCUGACCGGAGGAGCCGAUGCGAAGAUAUUCAUGUUUAAGAUUGGCAGUAAUGAACGGAUUCGGGCCUUUGACUUCCCUGGUCGUGCAGUCCAGGAUAUGUUACUAGACCCUGACCUUGAAGGAUCGGAGGCGGUUUUAUUCAGUGCUGACAGUGAUCGGGAGAUCCGUCAAUUCAAAGUACUGGGUGGGGAUGCACCUGAGCCGCUUAUCGCUCAUGAAACGAGUGUGUACAAGCUUUUCUUCGACCAGGAUGGAGAUCUAUGGACUGCCUCAGCAGACAAGACUGCCAAGUGCCUUGUGCGUGCAGACGGGUGGAACCCGAAUUUGACUUUAGAACACCCCGACUUUGUUCGAGACGUCGUUGUCUAUGAACCAGGUGGGUGGGUGGUGACGGCUUGCCGCGAUGAAGAAGUCCGUGUGUGGAAUCGAUCGACGGGAGAGCUUCAUCAUUUGUCAGUGCAAGGAAUCGACGGUACCAUCCGCCAAUGGUCCCUUCGAUCAGAUGAGUUACAGAAAGCUGUAGACCAGGCCAAGCAGGGGGCGCGGACAGAAGAAGACCAGCCAUCCGGAGAGCCCAUGCUCACUGAAGAGGAAGAACGUGAGUUAGCUGAGCUAAUGGCAGAUGAUUGA